AUGGCGGACCUCGACACUUUGGACAUUGUCGUCCUCUCCCUGAUUCUCCUCGGUACUUUGGCCUACUUCACCAAGGGCAAGCUUUGGGGUAUCGUCAAAGACCCCUACGGCGGAUCGUUCAACAACAUCAACUCCGCCAAGGCCGGCAAGACGCGCAACAUCGCCGAAGCUCUCGAGGAGUCCAACAAGAACUGCAUCAUCUUCUAUGGCUCGCAGACUGGCACCGCCGAGGACUACGCCUCGCGUCUGGCGAAGGAGGGCAAGAGCCGUUUUGGCCUCGAGACCAUGGUCGCCGACCUUGAGGACUUUGACUUUGAUAGCCUCGACAGUGUCCCCAGCGAUAAGGUCGUCAUGUUCGUCCUAGCCACCUACGGUGAGGGCGAGCCGACUGACAACGCUGUUGAGUUCUUCGAGUUCGUCACGGCCGAGGACGCCGCUUUCACACAAGGCGCCGAUGUGCCCCUGGCCAACCUGACCUACGUCGGCUUCGGUCUUGGCAACAACACCUACGAGCACUACAACCUGAUGAUCCGCGCCGUUGACAAGGCUCUCCAGCGCCACGGCGCAACCCGCGUCGGCGAGGCUGGCGAGGGCGACGACGGUGCCGGCACCAUGGAGGAGGACUUCCUGGCCUGGAAGGAUCCCAUGUGGGCUGCUCUCGCUGAGAAGAUGGGCCUCGAGGAGCGCGAGGCUGUUUACGAGCCCAUCUUCAGCAUUACCACCUCGGAAACUCUUACCGCUGACUCCACGGAGGUGUAUCUAGGCGAGCCCAACAAGAUGCACCUCGAGGGCACUGCCAAAGGCCCCUUCAACGCCCACAACCCGUACAUUGCCCCCAUUGACGAAUCCCACGAGCUCUUCACCGUCAAGGACCGCAACUGCUUGCACAUUGAGGUGGACAUUAGCGGCUCCAACCUGUCCUACCAGACCGGUGACCACCUGGCUGUUUGGCCCACCAACGCCGGUGUCGAGGUCGACCGUUUCCUCUCUGUCCUUGGCCUCAGUGACAAGCGCCACAGCGUUGUCAAUGUCAAGGCUCUGGACCCGACGGCCAAGGUCCCCUUCCCUGCUCCCACGACAUACGAUGCUAUUGUCCGCUACCACAUGGAGAUCUGCGCCCCUGUCUCGCGUCAGUUCUUGGCCACGCUCGCCGCCUUUGCGCCGGACGAGGCGUCCAAAGCCGAGAUGACCAAGCUUGGUGGUGACAAAGAUUACUUUGCUGAGAAGAUCAACGCGCACCACCUCAACAUUGCUGGUGCCCUGGAGACUGUUGGGAAGGGCCAGAAGUGGACCAACAUCCCCUUCUCGGCCUUUGUCGAGGGCAUCAACAAGCUGCAACCGCGCUACUACUCGAUCUCGUCCUCAUCGCUCGUGCAACCCAAGAAGAUUUCCAUCACGGCCGUUGUUGAAUCGCAAAUCAUUCCUGGUCGUGAGGAUGCGUUCCGUGGUGUUGCCACCAACUAUCUGUUUGCCCUGAAGCAGAAGCAGAAUGGCGAUCCCAAUCCGGAGUCCUACGGCCUGACCUACGAGAUCACGGGUCCCCGCAACAAGUAUGAUGGCAUCCACGUCCCUGUUCAUGUCCGCCACUCCAACUUCAAGCUGCCUUCCGAUCCAUCCAAACCCGUCAUCCUCAUCGGCCCCGGUACCGGUGUAGCUCCCUUCCGUGCCUUCGUCCAGGAGCGGGCUAAGCUGGCUGCGGAUGGCGAGACCAUCGGCAAAACCGUGCUCUUCUUUGGCUGCCGGAAACAGAACGAGGACUUCUUGUACAAGAACGAGUGGGAGGAGUACAAGAAGGUGCUCGGCGACCAGUUUGAGCUCGUCACUGCCUUUUCACGAGAAACGUCCAAGAAGGUCUACGUGCAGCACCGCCUCAAGGAGCGUGCCGAGGAGGUCAACAAGCUUCUGGAGCAGAAGGCGUACAUUUACGUGUGCGGUGACGCUGCCAACAUGGCCCGCGAGGUGAACUCCGUCCUGGCCCAGAUCCUGGCCAGCCAGCGCGGCAUCUCGGAUGCAAAGGGCGAGGAGAUUAUCAAGAACAUGCGGGCGUCCAACCAAUACCAGGAGGAUGUCUGGUCAUAA